AUGUCGAAGCUUUUCAUUGGCGGUCUGUCCUGGAACACGGACGACCAGAGUCUGCGCCAGCGCUUCGAGGAAUUCGGCGUUGUCGAGGAUGCUACUGUUGUCAAGGACCGUGACACCGGCCGCAGCCGCGGUUUCGGUUUCGUCCGCUACGGCACCGACGAGGAGGCUACUGCUGCCCUCGAGGCUAUGAACAACCAGGAGUUCGACGGUCGCGUUAUCCGCGUCGACAAGGCUACUGAGCGUGCUCAAGGUGGUGGUGGUCGCGGCGGCUUCGGCGGCGGCGGCGGUUACCGUCAGGGUGGCGGUGGCUACGGUGGUGGCUACGGCGGUGGUCAGGGCGGCUACGGCGGCGGCUACCAGCAGGGCGGCCAGGGCGGCUACGGUGGUGGCUACGGCGGCCAGCAGGGCGGUUACUAA